CACACAUCAUGAAAUGGUACAACCCAAACAUGGCCGCCUCCAUCCUGCAACGCUUUCUCCUGUCUGUCAAGACAACGUCAAAAUGUAUGACUCCGUGUUUAAACGGCAGAAGAUGUCUGCUCUCAGCAGCAUAUACCGACACCAGAGUGUGGGAGCAAAGAGAACACGACCCCCAAAACCUUGCUAAACUGGCCUCUCUCAUGGACAAGACGUAUGAGAAAAAGUUUCCUGUUAGCUCAUUGACAAUAUCACGGUUUGUAGACAAUAUUUCAUCUCAAGAAGAAAUCGAUCAAGCGGAAUAUUACUUGUAUAAGUUUAGACACAGUCCGAACUGCUGGUACCUGCGUGAUUGGACUAUUCACAGCUGGUUUCGACAGUGUCUUAAAUAUGGAGCCAGAGACAGAGCCCUGUACACACUCAAGAAUAAGGUUCAGUUUGGAAUGUUUCCAGAUGAGUUCACAUUUAAUAUCCUCAUUGAUUCUUACCUAAAAGAUGAAGACUACAAGGGAGCCAGCUCAGUUGUUGAAGAGGUGAUGCUUCAGGAAGCUUUUCACCUCCCCACGACACAGAUCUUAUCAUUGUUUGCCCUGAGCAAAUAUUUAGCAACCAAACCGGACCUUUCCUGGCAGGAGGAGAGGAACGUGGGAGCAGCUCUUCUGUUAGCUGGACUGAAGCAGGAGAAUUCUGUUGGCCUCAACGCUCAGUUACUUGGUCAUGCACUCAUUGGUAAGGUGGAGAUAACCAGAGGAAUCCAUUCAGUGUUUCACAACAUGCCCUUGAUGUGGACCCCAGGAUAUCUCAGUAAAAGCCUGCUUGUUAUGGAGCAAGUGUGCAAUCAUGCUGGAGAUUUGAAACUAUGCAAGGAAAUUCUUGACUACAUGCAGAUGAUUCUGCAGGAACUCAUGUCAAUACUUGCUUCUGAAGCAGCAGAAGAGAAAGCUGCAGAAAACCAGGAUGUUACUAUAGAUGAAGAAGAUGAGCUUGAAAGAGCCAAACUACCAGAGUACAUAGAUCUAUUCAAGAAGCUGAAUGAGCAGCUACACGCACAGGGGAAAGUUGAGACUCGCAGUCUAGAUACACUUGUGUCCAUCCUGGCUGAAGGGAAUCUGAGGACCUGUCAGGAGCUAGAUGUGGCUCAGUACGAGAAGAAAGUUGAGGCCUGGGAAGCAGAGCGCAUGCAGCUCAUCCAGAGAGAAGAAAUGAUGAAGCGUAAAGCUGAACAGGAGCAUUUAGCCACAAAAACUUCCCAGGCAGUCCAGUGACACUCGGGUCAUUUCAUGUUUGUUUACAGUGUCCACAAAAUAAGAGAUUUCUGAUGUUUUCCAUACUCUGUAAAAGUAUAAAUAAAUAAUUUGAAAAAAACCACCAA